UUAGUGUUUUAUAAAAUUUAUAAAUCUGCUGGUUACCAUGUGACUUCAAAAGAAUUUUUUAGGCAUCGACUUGAUUUUCAUCUUAAAUAAUUAAAAUUGUUCGAUAAGUUGUUAUCAUAUUUUACUCGUGAUUAUCAUUAAUUCGUGUGUUUCGACAAUAUUCCUUUCCCUUCAUCGGCAAUCUCCAUCAAGAGAUUUUAUUUCUUUCGAUCGUACUGUUUAAGAAUGUCUAACGUGAGACUUUAUGGUAUAAGUUUUUGUGGGUGCAAUAAAUGCAAUGGAGAACCGGAUAUGAGAAUAGACAUGAAUUUUCACAUAAAUGGAAGCCGAAAUACAAGAGGUCGAUUCUUUGAGUAAAGAAAUCAAGCGAUGUUCGAGUUCGCAGUGAGGUGAUGCCUCGAAAUCAGGGACGCUCGGCCAUUUCGGCCAUUCGGACGAUCCAUUUGGAGAUCCGAACGAUCCUAACGAUCCUAUCGAUCCUAUCCUUUGUUUACGGACAAGAACGGUCUUUCAAUUACGACGACGAUAAAGGUUACGUUAUCGACAAGGAUGCCAGUUACGAAGUAACGACGAAUUACUUGAUGUUCAACGAAAAUAACAAAGUCGAUGUGACCAAAGAGAAUAGAAAUAAUUUUUGGACGAUCGAAGAAUCAAAAGAAAAAUACUUUUGGUUAAGGAAAAGAAAAAGAGAAAAAAAAAUAUGGAAGGAUCGAAAGGAGAUAGACAAAAAUGGAUUAACGAGUCUUAUUCCAACAAAUGCAUUUGGACAAACGAUCGACGAAAAGUACUUUGAAUCAAGAGGUUCGAAAAAGAGAACAAAAAGGAGAAUAAGAGGAAGAGAAAAGAGAAAUGACGAGGAAUCCAUUCGAUUCAAGGAAGAUCGGAAUUCUAAUAACUCGAUGACCGAGCCAUGGACUUCGAGGAAUCGAAGAAACGAAGCCAGAUCGAAGGACACGGAGUUUGAGAGGUUUGGCGUGAGAGGACGAAGAUCCUCUUGGAUUCUUCGCGGUAUCCGAAUAAAGCGAGCAUCUAUCCGCGAGAACUCCAACGGACUUCCACGUGGAAAGACAUUCUUUUCUUUAAACGAACUGGACGAUCCACCGAGUGAAAAUGAAAGAGAAAGAAAUUUUUCUUUUACGUUGGGGGACAGUAGUAAAGGAUCGAAUUCGAGCAUUCUUGGGAAAAACGAAUUUCGUUUGUUCGAGAAACCGAAAGAUCACCUCGAAAUAAGAAAAAUUCCCGAUAAAUUUUAUAAAAGAUCGAACGAAAGGAAAUUUCAUGAAAAUGAAGAAAUUGAAGAUUUAAGCGAUAAUAAAGAAUUCUCUCGGUUUCAUGAGGAUUUAAAUUUUAAUAAAUCGACAAGUUGGCCCGAGACAUACGAAAUGAAAGAACGAAGGUGGAGAGAGAAAAAUAGAGAAAGAAAUAUUUCCCUUACGUGGAACGAUAGAACAAAAUCGAAUUCUAGCAUUUUCGAGAGAGGCAAAUUUCGUUUAUUCGAAGAACCAAGAGUACCGGAUAAGAGAGAAGUGGCAAAAAAGAAAGAAAAUACUUUUUACAGUAAGUUGAAGCAACAAAAGGAAUUCGAUAGAAAUGUAGAAGAAGUUAAAGAUUCGCGAAAGAAAAGAAUGAAUUUUAGGAAAUACGUAAGAAGCUUGGUUCGAGAUCGUCGAGAUGUCGAUAACUUUUCGGAAGACGUAAAUGCUCCUUAUCUGACAAAAGAGACGAUGAAGUUGUCGCGAAAAGUAGAGGAAGAAUCUUCCAUGAUGGCUUCUAAUCGUGAAGAAGUCCCGAAGGAUUCGGUUGGUCUUUGGCACGUAGAUAAUGCGGACUCGAAGGAAGGAAAUGCGAUAGAAAUUCGUUCGAGAAAGGAAACUGAGAACAAAGAAGUCGGGACAAUGUGGAAGGGAAUAAGACGUCCUCCGAUUGCAGAUAAAAAGAAAAAGUGGAGGGAGAAAGCAUAUUUGGAUUUAGAGUCAUCGGACGAUGUUCCUGCGGACGUUUUCGACGUAAAGCAAGGUAAAUCGAGAAGGGACAUGGGAAAAGUCAUAAACGAAAUUCGUUCGAAUGAAGAAUCGUCCGAAUUGACAGGACACUUUGAUCUGGCGGUAAGAUCUCGAAACUAUUCGAAGGAGGAACAUUACGUCGGCGAUUCGUUUCCGCGCGAGGUGAAAAAUGUUGGAAUGAAAGAAAUGAGAAAUGAAAGUUUAGAUUUCAAACGAGAAGAAGGAACGGUCCUAGUCCGUCCUCCGAUAAAUUCUAUGGGAGAGGAGGAAACCUUAAAGAUUGUUCCUUUGAGUUUUAACAGGGAUGAAGACAGAAAAGAAAUAGAAGGUACAGCAAGGAUCGUGAACGUUACCUCGGCAUCCUGGAAUUCGACAUAUCGGAAAUACGAUACGUUCGAUUCCGACCGGGUAAACUCGAGUAGGAUGUCCAUCCUCGAAAGCAGUGGCCGAGCUGACUCUUCCAAGGAUUUUGAUAGGAACGUUCGUGAUCCUGUAGAAGAUUUCGUAGAUCCAACAUCACUCGACAAUUCUCAUCCUCAUUUUCCGAAGGAUACGAAAAGGGGAGAGUUAAAGGAGAAUCCGAGAAGUGAUUGGAAGAUGCAAGAGGAGGACAACGAGAAGAGGCGUUACUACGAGAAGAAGAUAAGAAACAAAGAUUCUCAAUGGAAUUUGUCGCUAAAAGACGAAGGACUCGUAGAAGAUACGACUAUUUCGUUCAACGAUUUUCCAGAAUUGACGCCAUUAAAGUUCUCUAUGGUUACCUUAGACGAGAAAAAUGGAACUCUAAAAACGGAAAAUCCUGAAAUAAGCAGCUAUAAAAUGAAAGUUAAAACGACGAAGCUACCAAUAAUCGAAAAUAAAUUCGCAUUGGACUUUUCAACUUCGGCGAAAGAUAUUUCAGAGGAAAUAAAAGAGACGAAACGAGAAAGUCAUUUUAACGUGGAACGAUUGAAAGAAACAGUCGAAGGAUCAAUCGAAUCAAAUACAAUGUUUUCCAAAAAGAAACGUUUCGAAUCGAACGAGUUGAUAGGAAAUAGUGACCAGACGACAGAUUUUCCUAGAAGCUCGAAUAGAUCCGGAAGGGAUGGAAUCGAUUCGAUCACAAUAUCCCAAGAAAACUUCGAAACUUCCUGGCUUCGAGGAAAUUCCAUGGAAACGACGGAUAUUUCCAUGUCGGAGAAUUCCGAAAGGACGAACAGAAUUCCAAGCAGUUUCUCCGAUCGAUCAAUUUCUAAUGUCGAGAUCGAAGGGAUUACUAGUCCUCUCGCUGAUGUAUCCCCCCAAUGGAUCGAUAAUUCCCCAAAGUUGAAAUUUCCUUCCGAUUGGAUCGAUACGAUCGCAACUACGUCGACGAUAGAGAAUAUUUUGAAUAAAAAAUACGACAGUGCAGUUUCAAAGUGGACUACGGUUUCUUCGGAAGAGGCAAUUAUUGCCAACGUUUCUACGAAACAAUCGAUUAGUGUCAUUCAUAACUCAACGAUAAUGGAUCAGUGGCCAGUGAAACAUAGCGCAGUGGUCGAAGGUGACCUCGUUUUAGGAGGUUUAAUGAUGGUUCACGAAAGAGAAGACUCGAUAACUUGUGGUCCCGUUAUGCCGCAGGGUGGUGUUCAAGCAUUAGAGGCUAUGCUCUAUACUCUGGACAGACUUAACCAAGCACAAACCGUUCCUGGGGUCAAGAUAGGAGCACACAUACUCGACGACUGCGAUAAGGAUACCUAUGGUUUAGAAAUGGCGGUAGAUUUUAUCAAGGGAUCGAUAAGCAACAUUGACGGAGCAGAAUAUCAUUGCAAUAAAACUACCGUUCGUAAAGUUAUCAGUGGCGUUGUGGGAGCUGCAAGUUCUGUAACAUCAAUCCAAGUGGCCAAUCUUCUUCGGUUAUUCCGAAUUCCCCAGGUUUCCUUCUUCUCAACGAGUCCAGAACUCUCGAACAAGCAACGUUUCGAGUAUUUCACCAGAACAAUACCAAGUGAUCAUUAUCAAGUCAAGGCCAUGGUAGAUAUCGUUUUAAAAAUGGGAUGGAGUUACGUGUCCAUCAUAUACGAGGAGAGUAAUUAUGGAAUCAAAGCUUUCGAGGAACUUGAAGAAUUAUUAACGAAGAACGACAUUUGCAUUGCAGUUAAAGAAAAAUUAGUUAAAGAUUCUGGAGUGGCGGAAGAAACGGCUUAUGAUAAUAUUGUUCUUAAAUUACUGACCAAACCACGCGCUAAAGGUUGCAUAAUAUUCGGAUCGGACCAAGAAGUAGCAGGAGUUAUGAGAGCUGUCAGACGUUGUAACGCGACUGGUGCUUUUUCUUGGAUAGGCAGCGAUGGAUGGAGCGCACGAGGUUUGGUGAGCAAUGGUAAUGAAGCAGAAGUUGAAGGUACACUGUCGGUUCAACCCCAAGCGAAUCCUGUCAAGGGUUUCGAGGAAUACUUCCUAAAUCUCACUGUCGAGAACAACAGGAGAAACCCCUGGUUCGUUGAAUUUUGGGAAGAUCACUUUCAAUGCCGUUAUCCGAACUCUUCUUUGACACCAUACAAUAAGAAAUACACGAAUAUUUGUAACACACAGGAACGACUUACCAAAGAAAACACAGUCUUCGAGGAUCAAUUACAAUUCGUAUCGGACGCAGUAAUGGCCUUUGCCUAUGCAUUCCGAGACAUGCAUAGAGAUUAUUGCGGUAGUAAAGCUGGAUUGUGUGAUGAAAUGAAACCAACCAAAGGAGUACAGCUUUUGAAAUACCUACGCAAAGUGGAUUUUAAAGGUUUGAGCGGUGAUGAAUUCCGAUUCGAUAAGAACGGUGAUGGCCCGGCAAGAUAUAACAUCAUACACUUCAAACAAACCGAACCUGGUGUCUACAAGUGGAUACGCGUUGGCAAAUAUCUCGAGGGAGUACUACAUUUAAACAUGUCUAUGGUUCAAUUUAAGCUGGGACACAAUCAGACACCUGAAAGCGUUUGUUCCUUGCCAUGCGAAGUAGGCCAAGCAAAAAAAUAUGUCGAGGGUGAAAGCUGCUGUUGGCAUUGUUUUAAUUGUUCUCAAUAUCAGAUAAGACAUCCAAACGAUGAAACACAAUGCAAGAACUGUGAACAAGGAACGGUACCAGACGAAACUCACUCUACUUGCAGCGAGAUACCCGAAGAAUUUUUAAGACUCGAAAGUGGAUGGGCUAUUGGUGCUAUGUCCUUCUCUUCUGUUGGAAUACUAGUGACUUUAUUCGUCUGCGGUGUAUUCCUAAAACAUAACGACACCCCUGUCGUUCGUGCUUCCGGUCGAGAACUUUCUUACGUUCUUCUCACUGGAAUCUUAUUCUGCUACCUAGUCACGUUUGCUCUAGUACUCAGACCUACCGAUCUUGUUUGCAGUAUUCAAAGAUUCGGUGCUGGAUUUUGCUUUACCGUAGUCUAUGCAGCACUUUUGACGAAAACAAAUCGAAUAUCAAGAAUCUUUAAUGCUGGAAAACACAGUGCCAAGAGACCGUCUUUUAUAUCACCGAGAUCUCAAUUGAUCAUUUGUUCCGGUUUAGUAGGAGUACAGAUACUCAUUAAUGGUGUAUGGAUUGUCAUCGAUCCGGCUAAAGCGAUGCAUCAUUACCCUACCAAAGAGGAUAAUUUGCUUGUUUGCAAUAGCUAUAUCGAUGCUAGCUACAUGAUUGCCUUUGCAUAUCCUAUUAUGCUGAUAGUUGUUUGCACCAUUUAUGCGGUACUCACGAGAAAAAUUCCUGAAGCCUUUAACGAAAGUAAAUACAUUGGCUUUACUAUGUACACUACCUGCGUUAUAUGGUUAGCCUUUGUUCCACUCUAUUUUGGUACUGGCAAUCAUGUCGCAUUGAGGAUUACGUCGAUGUCAGUAACCAUCAGUCUCUCUGCUACGGUGACGAUUGCAUGUCUGUUCACACCAAAGUUAUAUAUUAUUUUAAUUCGACCGGAGAGAAAUGUUCGACAGAAUAUAAUGCCACCAAGACCUUACAACACUACCAAAAGCUCAGCUGUAACUGGUACGAAUGCUUCGAGCAUGAUGGCUCCUGUUACAUUGACCGCUGUGACUUGUGACCAAAACAAAGCCGUUAAGAAACAUAUCAUCAAAACAACGGACUGUUCUACGCAAAGCGAAUAUUACGAGUUAGAACUAAAAGAACGAAAGAAUGGAAAAUCAAUACCCACUUUUGUUUCACGUGCAACGCAAACCCAAUCGAAUAACAACGAAAAGGAAACGCACGAUAGUGUUCAUCGUAUUGAUAAAGAAUCGAAAGAAAAUGCAACAACAACGAGACAAACGAAUAAUACGAAAAUAGGGAACGGACCUGUCAACCAAAAAGAUGUCACUUUAUAGCAAAACGAUAUCAUUGAAACGCCGAUCGUUACGGCUAAUCUAAAACCGAUUUCAAAGAAGCCUGUAAUAGUCUAAACAACAAAAAUCCAAUACUCUUAAUUGUAAAAGGAAGUAAAUAUAGGAUAUUAAUAUUAUAUAAAAAGCAAUUUUUUCAUGACUUUAGAAAAAUUCUAAAGUGUCGUAUAUUGCAUUAACGAUGGACGAAAUUUUCAUUAAAAAAUUUUCGAUAAAAUAUUUGAGAUAAACAGAAAAUCGAUUUUUCGAAUGAAAAAGUAUUAUCUAUCGAAUAUCAUUUGUUAAAAAAGAAUAUGAAUAUAGUGGAUAAAUAGAACAAAUCUCAUCUAACAAGUUCAUCUUGAUAAUCUUUCUAUAUAGAGAAUUUAUCCUACGUUAAAGAAAAAAAAAAAAAAAGGAAAAAAAAUCAUGGACCAUAGAAGAAAAAAGGAAAGAUUUGUAAAUACUAAAAUGAAAUAAAUCUAUUAAUUAAUGUUUCAUCGUUCAGAAUUUAAAGGUGACUGUGAUGAAGAAUGGACGCGUAAAUAUGUACGUAUAUAUCAAUGAUUAGACGUGAGGCGUUUGUAAAUCGCCAAAAGAAUUUUCAAAAUCUAUAUAAAUCUAAUAAGAAAAAGAAGAUUUAAAAAAGUGAAUAGAUCGAAAUAAUAAUAGUAAUAAUAGUAAUAAUAAUAAUAAUAAUAAUAAUAAUAAUAAUAAUAAUAAAUAAAUAAAUAAUAAAUAAUACGAAGUCACACUUUCGAAGAGAUCGAUGCUCUAAGUUGCUCUGUGAUUUAGACGUAACUAAGUAAAAUUUUGUAUCUCUUCUGUGUAUAUAAUAUAUAAGAGAAAAUCUUCUCCCGCGUUCCACAGUUCAUGCCAUAAUAUCAUGCACAAUUAUGCUAAUGUUAUUGAGAGAACUACGUUUGUAAAUAUUUGUCGAUAUUGAAUCGAAUUGAUCGAUUUAUAUAAUAAAAAAGAGAGAGAAAGAAGCGAAAUAAAAGAGAUGAAGAAAGAAUGACAUAUACGUAGAUAAUGUUGCCAAAAACUAUAUAUGUGUAUAUAUAUAUAUAUAUAUAUAUAUAUAUAUAUAUAUAUAUAU